AUGGCUCCGGCUGAAAAGCGCACAUCAACUGAAUCGGACUCUGAUGCCCCAUUGGCCAAGAAGCGAGCAAUAAUUAACUCAGCCUCAGCGACAAGCUCGGGCCCUUCAAAACAUCAUAAUCCCGUCUUUGACGACCUGUCGGCAAAGUACCCCACUGUUGAGAAAUUGGAAGAGCACAUGAAAUCUCUAUCCCUCUCUGCUCUAGAGGCGCUGAUAAUUUCGGGGGCAAUUCCUGAGAUCCAGGCUGCUCCAGAACUCCGCCAUUGUGUGUAUUGUCAUAAAACAUUCAAUGCAUCCGAUAAUACUCUAGGAAACUGUGUCGUGGAGCACUUUAUUCGUGAGUGCAAGCCGAUCGAUGCAGACGUGAGCGAAUGGCAGUGUUGUCGUCAGCGCUGGGAUGAUAUAGGCAAUGAUGAAUGGGCGGAGAGUGCCAAAGAUACGUUCCCCCAUUGCUAUGUGGGGUGUCAUUGGGAGGAGGAAAUCACGACAGACGAUGAAGAGGAGGUUCAGGAACAUAACCAGGCAGAUUCUAUACACUACAGGGGAGUACCCAGGAUAAAGAAGCCGGCAUGGUGGAGAGUGUGGAAGAAUCAUGGAAAUACAUGUGACAAGAUGGGAUGUAAGGAGAGGUUAUCUGGGUAG